UUGAUUCUGCACAAAAUGAUACAUCGCUUUGUCAAUUGGAUGCUGUGGGGAACAGAUGACUGGAAAGCAGAGUACUAUAACAGAAUGGGGGAUUGAUUCUACUUCAACUUCCGUACAUUCCAGAUAAUACGCACGGUCUAUUUGCUAGUCUUCUUAUUCUUGACAUUCUUCAUGCUGUAUUACGAUCUUAGGCUGUUUAUUUUCUUCAUCCAGGAUUGGAAGAUGGUAUUGAAUUGAUUAGCAAUCUUCUUUAUCUUUGCAUUCUCUGGAAAGCAAAAGACUGAAAUUCUAUUCAGGACAAAAGUAAAGACUAUUUUACUUACUAAUAAGAUGAGUGAUGAAGGAGACGAGGAAGAAGAAGUCGAAAGAGUCAGAGCAUAUAAAAGUUGGAAAUCUGUAAUCCUACUCUAUGAAUUUGCACAAGCACUCAGUAUUUUCCAUACUAUCAUGUUCUUUGGAUUCUGGAGAGAGAAUGUGCUAAAUUAUUACGACUCUAAUGAAUACAGUCCUUCAACAAGGACUCUUAGAGUGAUUCUUCUGUAUGUCAUUAACACUUUUCCUCCUGCUUGCAUGCUCUUUGAUAUGGCCUUCAGCAAAAUCUUAUUUAGACUUAGACAUUUUUGGGUUGGACUACUCUGCUCAGCUAUCUUCCUUGGGAUUCAAUAUCUUGGAAAGACUUCAGUGAUCAGCGAUGAGUUCCCAAAAGGAGUUGAGGAUUUGUCUGGGAUUUGGCAAAGAGCUGCUGCUCUUGGUGGCUACAUUGUGAUUCAUGGAGUUUUAUGGUUAUUUUCCUUGAUCAAAAUUAGAAUUACCAAUAGCCCUACCUACUUAGCUUCAAGAAGAAAGACUCAUUUUGAUAAGGACGUCAGACUUGAGUAUGUUAUUAAAAAGUAUGACAAGCUUCUUAAAUCUCAAGAAAAACAUAGAAGAGAAUAUUUAAGACUUGAAACUGGUGAAGAGAGCUCUUGUGAUAUCUAUAACGAAGACAACCCUCAGUUAAACUUCAUGAGAGAGGUACUGUAUAACUACUUGGAUAAAGAAAUCAAACUUGAGAGGGUCUAUGAACUCAGAAGUAAUUAGUAUUAUAUUCAACCACUUCA